CUGAACAACCUUAGUCAGGUCGUGAUAAGCUUUCGGUAGGAUGGGGUGCAGAGAGGGUCUAAGGCUCUUUCCAGCCACGUGUCGGAUAUAGUUCUUCUGCUGGGCCGGUAAAGCUUCAGCUGGAGGUCUGGCUGAUGCUAGCCUGCCGCUGAUAUCUGGCCCUAGGUUCUGGCGACCAAGUGCUCACCGAACCGGGGAACGCCACCACCCUCGACGUCUACCGCCUCGAAUCACGAGCACUGUCAGAAAUAAGCGUAAACGGCAAACAGGACCUUAUCGCUAAGCUCACCGUCACGAAGCCACGAUUUUCGACGAAGGAGGGGGAACAGUGCAGAAGGAGGAGACAUUCCUCAGCCUUCGUCAGCCGCAUUCAGAUUCGGAGCAGGCGUGCCAAGCGGCGACCAGUUUCAACGGUUUCGAUGGCGGCGGCAGCGGAUGUGCAGGAGUGCAUGCAUGCGAUCUGCCAUGCGACGGGAGCGAUAUAUUGCUUUGCGGAGGAUGUCCCUUGAGAGGGACAGCACCCCGGUGGGAUCGCCUUUGCUGACGCUAUCUUGGGGCCUCUGGUGCAUGUCUCAGGGGACGAAUUCCUCAGGCUCACGAUAUUUCCAGAGCAACGACCACCACCGCUGCGGCGGAGCACUAGCCACAACAGCAGAUGCCGCGAUUCGGCGGUACGAGGCUGGAUCUAUUGGAUCUGUCCAUCGCAUCGUGAGAGGCCGUGAGGAGGAGGCGGCUCUGGAUGGAGGCUCCUUUGUGUCUAGUGAUGCUAUAUUUGCAGGACUGCGCCUCGCUCAUCCCUGGGAAAGUCGUCUUCGCCAGGAACCACCGGGCAGGGCGGCGCCAGACAAGUGCCACCGUGUGCUCCUCGCUCGCCGCGGUGACGAAAUGGCAGCAGAAGUGCCGUCAAGGCCUGCGUGGGCUUCCACGGCUUCCUAGAAGGACAGACAGGAGAGCGGUGGCAGGAUGC